AGGUAGCAGACAGGCAGUAGUAGCACGACGGUACGAGUUGGCCAACAAAACGCCAACGCCACCAGCGCCCACAAAGCGGUUGCAACAGAAGGAAGUGGCCGUGGGUGGCCCCAACAAAAGUGGGCCCCUUGUGUAGUGCUGUUUUGUGUGCUGCUUUCCCUUGCAUUGCAGCGUAAAAGUGCUGGGUGUGUGAUAUAUAUGCUUUUACGUUAAGUGUGUGUUGUUCAGCAAGUAAGGUGGCCCAAGCAGCGAUUCACUGGACGCGCGCGUGCUUGUGGUGUCCUGAGAGAGCAGUUCUUCGUUUCGUCCAGUUGCUGCAGCGGAGGCUAGCAGCAACCCCAAAGCAGCAGAAGAAAGAAAAAUAAAACCCCAGCAACCCUUGCUGUGAGCGUGUGUGUGAUUUUGUGUGCGUGUGUGGUUAGUGGUUGGCAACUGUGCCCACCGCGUCGACCUCCGCCCCAAAACGGCCCUCAUCAUGAAUAAGCUCGACUACGAUGUAGAUUGCUUAGAAAUAAGUGACGACCUGAUAAGCAUGGCCGAGGACAAUACUCUUGGUGAUUUUUCACAUAUCGACGAUGACCUACAGUUUACAGUUAAAAAUGAUGGAAUGCUCGCACUAAGAUUAAUACAAGUGGCAGACAGUUUAGAUUCACCUAAUUUUAUCACAGGAUCUCCAGCUAGUCCAUACCCAACGCUAACAAACUCCAGCAACGAUCCCAGUCAAUGCUCCUUUCUAGUGUUUAAGAAAAACAACGACAAUGUGAAACAGUCCCGAUCCGCCAACAGUGUCCGGGGGGUGCAGCGGAACUCGGAGUGCAAUGGAGAAACGAACCUAAAUCGAAAGCAACAGCGUGACGAUCGGCGAAGGGCAAACCACAACGAAAUCGAAAGACGGCGGAGGGACAAAAUCAACAACUGGAUACACGAGCUGAACAAAAUUAUUCCCGCGGAACAUAUGAACAGCCCGUCGUCCGAGACGCAGAACAAGCAGAACAAUGGCGGACAGGGCGAAAACCUAUCGAAGGGCGGCAUACUGGCGAAAGCGUGCGAGUACAUAACGCGGUUGAAAGACACCAGCGACAAGCUGACCGAGUGCCUUGCCGAGAAGGAUCAGAUACUGCUGGAGAACCUGCAGCUGAAGGAAAGCAUCAACCAGCUGCUGGCGGAGAACAAGCGGCUCCAGACGCAGCUACAGUUUGCGCUCGAAACGAACGUCAAGCUCGAAUCGUAG